CGAGGAGCUGGAAUCGUCAGUGUGUCAGCCCUGACCUGUGAGAACAUGCUGCAUCUGCUCCUCACUGCACUUCUGUUUGUUGAAUCCCUGAAAGAUGUCGAGUCCAGUCCGAUACAGGAAGCCAAAACAGCACAGCCGGACGACUGGUUCAGCAGGCUGUUGAAGUAUAUGAAUUCUAACCCAGAGACUUUAGAAGAACUGUUGAACAAGAAAUACGCAGUGUGGGAGGGAGAUAUGAUCCUGUCUACAGACAGGAACGCAGUGGAGAGCACAUGGCCGACGCUGGAGAUACCAUACAUCAUCAGCCCGGAGCUAGAGAGUCGGACAGACGACAUCCUGUCUGCUAUGGCGAUGGUGUCUGAACACACCUGUGUGUCCUUCCACAAAAGAGCCUCUGAGACAAACUACCUGCACUUCAAGAGCAGCAAAGGCUGUGCUUCAUAUGUGGGCUUCAUUGGUGGCGAGCAGCCCGUGUUUGUCGCGUCCCAGUGCAUCGUGGGUAACAUUGUCCACGAGAUCCUUCACGCUCUGGGCUUCCACCAUGAACACACGAGGACAGACCGCGAACAGUACAUCACAAUUCUGACCAGUAACAUCAUUACAGGGAUGGAGAGGAACUUUAAAAAGCGGCAAGGACAAACCUUCAAUCUGGGCUAUGACAUAGGUUCGAUCAUGCACUACGGAAGUGGGUUUUUUUCAGCCAACGGUUUGCCCACCAUUGUACCCCUCAAAGAUGUGAAGGACAUGGGACAGAGAGUCAAGAUGACAAAGAUGGACACUGAGAGGGUUCGCCAUCUCUACAACUGUGGUGCCUCAGGAAAGGAGAUCAAGAUAGAAGGCAGCGGUGAGAAAGAGGAGGAUGUGCUCAGGUAUGAAGAUCAUGUUUCUGCCAGCAAACCUGAAGAUCACAAACCAACUGCUGCCUCUCCCUCUGCCUGA